AUGGCGCCCCCGUCUCAGCUCACCGUCGCGACCCUGUCCGUCACUAGACUUCUGAAGGAGGAGAUCUCAUACGAGAAGGAGCUCAUCCAGCAGAAGGGCAAGGUCACUACGCUGGAGACUGAGAUCAAGGAAGGCAAGCCCGAUGAGGACGGGAACCGCGAGUACAUGCUCAAGCAACUGAAACUUGCGGUGGUGGAGACGCAGAAGGUGUUCCCCGAGCUGAGAACGCGCGUAGAGGACGCGACCACCAAGCUGGAAGAGCAGAUCGCCUUGGCCGAGAGCGGCGGUGCGUCGCCCGAGGAGUUGGAGACGGCGAGACUAGCGCUCGCCAAGGGCAAGGAGGAGAAGACAUAUGUCACAGACAGCAACUCUGCUUAA